AUGUUUCCGUAUUUUAAUGAAUUUAAAAUAAUAAUUUUCUCAUAUUGGAUACAUGCAGUGCUUCCGAUGUCUUCAAUAUCAGAUAAAAAUCCAGCGUCGUAUCCCGCUGAGUGGAACAGUGAUAUAGCAGAAUAUUUAGUUGUAAAAGGGUUAGUGCCAAAUGACAAAGAUUUACCAAAUGAGAAAAGUUUGGCAAGCGCAUCGAUAGUAAAAGACAUGGAUAACGACGUCACGUAUCUUCUUUCGAAAUUACCCGACGACGAAUUAAUUAAGUUACUAAAUGAACAACCCAGUAAAUCUGAAUAUAAUAUAAAUGACAUCGUCAAACUUGCUACUAAAUAUACGACUAACUUAGCCCCGCCUAAAGAUAAAGAGACUAUCUUGAGUAAAUCUCUUGCACAAUUUAAAAGCGUAUUUGAGAGUCCCAAGAAAAAUAAGAAAAUUUCAACAAGUUUAGAGAAACCUAAACAAGAAGGGCCAGUCUUUCGGCUAGAAGAUAAAGAAUUAGACCCAUUUGCUUCCAACCGAGGUGCUGAUCCUCAAUAUGUCGCUGUACAAAAACUGAACAAUUUAUUGUACAGUCAUCCUUCAGAAGUGGAAUCAGACACAAAGAACGAUGAUGAAGAUAAGAAGAAAGAAUUGUUAUUUGAUGUACUCGUCGCUCAAUUAAAAACACUUUGUUGCAAACGUAAUAAGCCCUCUAAAAAGAAGGAUAAAACUAAAUUGAAACUCAAGGCUUUAUUGAACGACAUUAUGCCACAACCAAUUAUUCAGAAACCUUAUGUACCGGAACACAAAUACUCACAAACCACAACGCCAAAUGAACACAUGUUUUUAAUAAUAAAUGACGAAAUUAAAAGUAAUGGAAGUGACGAUGGACUUAUAUCGGUGGAUCCAGAGAGUCUUGGUUCAAACAGCAGUGUGAUGUUACUAGGACCCAUAGCAACACCUCUAUCCGAAGCACAGCUAAAAAUUGUGAUGAUGCGCAUUACAAACGAACUGUCGAAACCGGAGUAUAUACCACUAUUGCAGCAAAUAUCUGAAGGUACACUCAGUGAUGAAAAUAUAAGGCUUGUGAACAGCUUGGUAUCAGGACCCCAAACACGAAGAUAUAUUAAACCUCACAGGUGUAACCACCAGUCCAAACUAGCAAAAGUAUAUGGAGGCCCCAAAUGGCUAGUUUGUACAGGAUAUUUAAAUUUAAAUGCAGCUAGUUUAUAUGAUUAA